AUGUGUAAACAACAGCACUCAUUUACAAUUAUAUCUGAUAAAGAAGAUGAAGGCAAGCCACUUUUAUACGAACUUAAAGGGCACGGUGCUGACAAGGAGCCAUACAACGUUUUUAUUGUCAACCCUAAAACUGGCGUUAUCACUCUCGCACAUCCUCUGGACAGAGAGGAAAUAUCAGAGUACAACCUGAUUGGAAUUGCGAGGUACAAUAAUGGCACUUUGGCCGAGAAAAAAAUCCAGAUAAAAAUAGUGGUUGAGGAUCAAAAUGACAAUCCCCCAACGUUCAAAAGAUUCAGAGGGUCUGUGCCAGAAUGUAGACCAACAGGAACCCAAGUGAUGAAGAUAACUGCUGAUGAUGCAGACCAAAGUGGAACACUCAAUGCACAAAUUGCAUAUAGCAUAGUAAAGCAACUUCCAGAAGGUUCCAAACCCAUGUUUGGCAUUGACAAACACAGUGGGGUGAUAUAUGUUAAAGAGCGCUCACUGGAUAGAGAGACUCUCGAUCACUACACCUUAAUAGUACAAGGUGUGGAUCUGGCUGGUGCCCCAGAAGGCAAUACUGGAACUGGUACAGUAGAGAUUGCAGUGACGGACAUCAAUGACAAUGUUCCUACUCUUGAAAAAGAUGAGUAUAGCGCUUCUGUUGAUGAAGAUACAGUUGAUGUGGUUGUAAUGAGAAUCAAAGCUUUGGAUGUAGACUUGAAGAACUCUGAUAACUGGCUGGCUGUCUUUGAUAUUAUCAGUGGUAAUGAAGACGAAAUGUUUACUAUAGAGACGGACCCUAAAACCAACGAAGGCAUUUUUAAGCUUGUCAAGCCUCUGGAUUAUGAGAAGCAGAAGGUUGUGAACCUGGAGGUUAUGGCACGUAAUGAGAAUCCUUCUGUUAAAACUGCCCCUGUCUGGAACAAGGCAUCAGUGGAGAUCACCGUGGAAAACGAGGACGAAGGACCAGAAUUCUCUCCAGCCAUACUUCGCCUCAAUGUCAAAGAGAACGUCCCUAACGGAACUACGAUCGGAACCUACUCAGCCAUAGAUCCGGACACCAGUAGCAGCAAGGGCAUAAAAUAUUAUAAGAUAACUGACCCAGGCUCCUGGAUCAAUGUGAUGGAGAGCACUGGCGAGCUGAAAACGGCGAAAACCAUCGACAGGGAAUCUCCUCUGGUCUACAAUAACACAUACAACAUUACUGUGAAAGCCGUGGAUGAAACUCGGAAGACUGGUACUGGUACAGUGUUUAUCCUGAUUGAAGAUGUGAACGACAACAAACCAAAGAUUGUGAGUCUAGAAAAGGUCCUGUGUUUUAAUGACAAUGCAUGGGGCUCCACGUUGAUUGAGGCUGUCGACUAUGACCAGCCGCCGUUCUCGGGACCCUUUACGUUUGCAGUGGGCAAAGAGGCUGAAGGGACCUGGAAGCUCAAAAGAGCCACAGAUACUUCAGCAGUACUGGAGCAGACUGUGGACUUGGCCAACAAUAUUUACAAGGUCCCAGUGCAAGUACAGGACCUUCAGGGUUCAGGAGAAGUACAGACUGUAACUGUAAGGGUGUGUGGUUGUGACAGGAAUGGGGAGUGUAAAGCUCAAAGUGUUUCCAGUAAACUGGGAGCCGGGGGAAUCCUUGCUUUGCUGCUGGCCCCGCUGCUGCUUCUGCUUUUGUGCCUGCUGUGUGUCUUCGCAUGCACUACAAAAAGAGAGAAAAUGGCCUUUGCUUUAGACGAUGCUGAUGGUUCGCUGUUCAAAUCGAACUCAGAGGCUCCAGGGGAGGAAGCGAAGGCACCUUUUAUUAUCCCUGCAAGCGGACUAGAUACGAUGGACAGCUUGAAGGGUGGCUAUCUGGAGCAUCAGAACUCAAUUAGCAUGGGAGGAGGAGGAGGAGGAGGAGGAAUAGGAGGCUUUGAGCAGCACACCAUUCAAAGAGACAGCAUGUAUCAGACCAACAUGCAGAGCCAUAUGAUCAAUACGCUUAACUCCGGACAGUAUGGCACAGGCGUUUACGGAGGCACCAUCAACAAGUUUACUUCUGAUAUGUCCACCUUUGACAGGUGGACAACCACCGGGAUGCAUCUACAGGAGAGAAUGAUAAACCUUCACCAGAAGCCAAGGGAACGGUACGCCGACGAUAUCCUGAAGCCUUACGGGGUCGAGGGCACGGGCUCUCCCGCAGGGUCUGUCGGGUGCUGUAGUAUCCUAGAAGAACAGAACACACUGGACUUCCUCGAUUCGCUCGGACCCAAAUUCAAAACCCUGGCCGAUGUGUGCACGAGCAAAAUGGACGGGAACAGGCUGUAACCCGGUGUCAGAAAUGACUGGAAGGAACGCCUCUGCUUCUCCUGAGUAGAAGAAAAUGAAACGGAGGGAUGUGGAU